CUCAAAACGCAUAGUGCACGACGUAUGCAAUGCACGCUUGACAGGGACGGCCAAUCGGCAUGUCGCACAGUCGUAAGUUGCGCAGACGACGGGCUCUCGCAGCAGCAUCUUUGAAGCCACCAUGGGCCGCCUACAUGUCAUGGUCCUAUGCCUUCUCGUCGCCGCCGUCGCCGCGACGGCGUCGCCCGACUGCACGGUCGCCUGCCUCGGUGUCGCGACCGCCGCCGCCGACACGCCGUGCACGUACACCACGAAUGCAUCAACGCGCGCGACGACCUGUUUGUACAUGCCAGCGGCGCAGUGCGCAACGCUGCUUCAUGGAACUCUAUGUGUGGUCCGGCACAACCAUACCGCGGGUCUCCUUGGCGAAAAGACGACCACCACUCUCAACACGACCACACGCAUCGUGGCGCCAGUGUCGACCAGCGAGCCACCGCCACCCAUCGCGACGCCCGACACUACGUCGUCGUCGUCAUCGACGAUCGUCGCCCUCGGUGCCGCCGCGGGCAUGCUCGUCGUCAUUAUCGUUGUCAUUGUCUUGUGGUACCGGUGCAAGGUAGCACAAAAGCAGCAAGCCCACCAAAGCUCGGCGUUCAGCCUCGUGGGAUCGACCCGGCGUCCGUACCAGCCGACGUUGCACGACACACUGCGGUCGCCGACGCCCGAAGUCUGGGCGCGCAAGUACUCGCUCUUCGCGUCCGGGCUAAGCAAGGUACCCAAGAGCUCAAACGCGUCGUACUUGGACACAGUCACGUCGUCGAGCGUCGAUCCGUGGGUCUUUAAGGAGCACGACUUGAGUUCGUCCAACUGCUCGGACAUGGCGCUGUCCCAGAGCGUCGUCAUGAUGCGGGACACGGCCACGUUCACGCGCGACGACGACUUCUUCGAUCUGACUGGCGUCUACGCGCCGCCCGAGACGACGAGCGUUCCCCGUUUGUGAGUUGCAUCGUGUGUGUGUCUCUGUCGGUGACUAUCUAUUACUCUGUCUUAUUUAAAUCAACAAGUCCAAGUUGCGUGAUUGGCAAGACCACACCGACGGUGGUGGUAUCGCCCGAAGUACACAAAUGUCAUGAAAACGUGUACUAUCUGAAGCAGCGUGUAGACUCGGCCAUUCUUAGUUGCAAAAUCUUAUCGAGA